AGCUAAUGACGCCAAACAAAUUUUCCUAACCACCCUUCAAAGUCCCAUCUUUCUCUAUAUUUAUCUCAAUAUGGCACUUAACAUUGCUCUCCUUGAUCUCUCUCUCUAUCUGUUUCUUUAUAUCGCACUUUACCUUGCAAUGCCAACGAGGCGAUCUAUGGCUGAUGUGGGUUCUUUAAAGACAUCAGAAACUACCGUUAGAAGUUGGGAAGGACAUGUUCCAGCAACUACAAUUCUUGAUGGAGUUCUCAACGGAGUCCAAGUAGUCCAACCUACUGUAAAUCCUAAACCCAAGAAAGUACAAAGAAAGGACUUCCCUGCUGAUUUCAAGUUUGGUUGCGCCACUUCUGCUCUUCAGACAGAAGGAGCUGGUGAUGAAGGAGGGAGAGGACCAAGCACCUGGGACCGUUUUAUCCAAGAUGGAGUUGGAGAUAAGGACAUUGCAGUUGAUUCAUACAAUCAUUAUAAAUUGGCAUCACAGGAGGACGUGCAACUGCUGAAAAAUAUGGGAGCAGACACGUACAGAUUCUCCAUUUCUUGGUCAAGAAUCCUCCCUGAUGGGACCGUAGCUGGUGGAGUAAACCAAGAGGGAAUCAAUUUCUACAACAGUUUUAUUAAUGAACUGAUAAAAAAUGGGAUAACCCCAUUUGUGACACUCUUCCACUUUGACUUACCUCAAGCACUGCAAGACAAAUACGAGGGCUUCUUGAGCAGGCAGAUUGUGGAUGAUUUUAAAGCCUAUGCUGAUAUUUGUUACCACAAUUUUGGUGACCGAGUGAAGUACUGGACUACCAUCAAUGAGCCACAAAUCUUUGGGCCGUACGGUUAUGAAACCAGGAACCCAAAUCCAAAACCUGCAACAGAUCCAUACCUUGCUACCCAUAACAUUAUAUUAGCCCAUGCCGCAGCUGUAAAACUCUACAGAGAAAAAUACCAGGCAACUCAAGGGGGAGAAAUCGGUGUUUCGCCAAUGGUACAAUGUUUUGAGCCAUAUGGAGAUACACUUCAUGAUAAAGAUGCAGCCAAGAGAGCAUUUGACUUCUUGGUUGGAUGGUUUAUGGAACCCUUAGUGUUUGGAGAUUACCCAUUCAUCAUGAAGGCUUUGAUAAGGGAUGGACUUCCAGAAUUCACAGAAGCAGAGAAGGAUUUAGUUAAAGGGUCCUUUGAUUUUAUUGGUGUCAAUUAUUAUACAUCUAGAUACGCGCUUUCCCAACAAUUUAAUAAAGAUGAUAACUAUUCUACCUUUAGUCAAUACCAGUAUGCUGAGCUCAAAGUUGAUAGAAAUGGGAAACCCAUUGGUGAUCGGACACCAGGUAGCACUCAAAUGUAUAUCUAUCCACAAGGGUUAAGGGAUGCAUUGAUUUAUAUGAAGCAAGAGUACAACAAUCCCAAGUUCUACGUUACUGAAAAUGGAUAUCCAGAGAAACGAAACGAUACUAUCCCAAUAAAGACAGCAUUGAAAGAUAAUGCACGAAUUAAAUAUAUUAUUAGUCAUCUUUUUGCUAUUUCAGAAGCCAUGAAGAGGGGGGUAAACGUAAAUGGAUACUUCAUGUGGGCUUUAUUGGACUGUAUGGAAAUGGGGUCAGGCUACACUGCUCGAUUUGGGCUUGCUUACACAAAUUACCUUAACAACUUGAACAGAAUCCCCAAGAAGUCUGCAAAAUGGCUCAAGUCCUUUGUGGGACGUUGACCUUAAUAUGGAUCAACCCAAAUCUCAUAUGCAGACCAAUUGGUGACAAUUAGGGUGUGUUUAGAUACCGUUUAUUUUGUUGAAACUGAAAAAUUAUUAUUAAGAGUAUUGUAUAUAAAGGUAAAAGUUAGUUAAAAUAGUA